UGGAUUCUGAAUGGAAUGGUCACCCCAGGAGUCGGAUGGAAAGGUGAGUGUGUGGCGUGGAGCAGGUGUCGCGUGGGAAAAGACGAUAAGGGCACAGGUGUGAGCCGUGAGGUCAUCAGACCUGCACAAAACCAGCGAGCGGUAUGGUCCUGCGUGGGAGUCCUCCAGGUGGAUUGGAUCAGACCGCUCGGAGACAUGUGGGCCUUCCUGGCGCUUGCCCUCGUGGCAGUGGUGGCGGCGGCGGCGUCAGAAGUGAACCAGGAGACGGUCAUCGCGAGAGGGAAACUGCUGGCCCCCAGCGUGGUCGGGUGAGGCAUCAAGAAGAUGCCCGAGCUGCAUCACUUCCUGAUGGAGCGCUGGGCGCUGUAUCACAACCUGGAAUACGACUCCUCGGAGGAGACCAGUCCCAGGUUGAUGUUUUACAACGAGAAGGACGAGAUGGUGAAGAGUGUUCCCGUGAAGGACAUGACGGCGGACGAGAUGAGCGGCCUGUUGGACUCUCUGGGCUUCUACAAGCGGACCCAGAAGGGGGAGGAAGUCCCGGACCAGUUCCAGCACUUGCCCUUACCAGUCCCCAGGGACGAGCUCUGACCUGGACAAACGCUUGCGAGCGCGUCCCGCCCUCAGCAUUCAUGACGGACGAGACCUCAAGGCUCCCAAAAAGACCCGGUCCUGUCCUGAAGACCCGCUGGGCCCGAUGCACUUUGCCGCUUGGAAAGUCCGCCUUCUGAAUAUAAAUGUUACACAACAACCA